AAGAGAGGUCGUCGCCACCUUCCGAACAGCCCUUGGAUCGAUUGGAUAGUGUUUCGCGCUCCAGCAACUACCCCGCCUCACCUAGCCUGCCACAUCGAGCCUCGUCGACGUCGCAGAAAUGUCCGACUACUACGACGAUGAUCGGUAUCGGCGCCGAGCUCGCCCGACUCGUGAUUACUCGCCCGAGUAUGUGAGAGAAGAAACAUACAUCUCACGCGGUUCUCGCGACGCGCCCUCACGAGAUCUCGUCUAUCGCGGGCGUCCAGAAGAGGAAUCUGUUGAGGACAUCCGUCGAGAAUUCCCUCCUCCUCGUGGAAACGACUAUCUACCGCGACGAGCCAGAUCGGCGCGCAAUCGACGGGAGAGCUACUACGACGAUGAUGACUACAGCGAGUACAGUCGUGGAGCCGGCGGCUAUGCGCGUGGAGCACGACGAGAUCGCUAUGACGAUGGCUACGGCAGCGACGAAUACGACCGGCCCGAGCGGCCACGUAUGGAGCGGCGGAAGAGCAGAGUCGAGAAAUUCGCCGACGAGCUCGGUCUCGGUGGCAUCGUUGGGGCCGUGACUGGUGCAGCGCGCUCCAGGUCAGGAGGCCGCCACGACCGACACCGAGACCGUGGCUACGACAGCGAUGGCGACCUCCACUACGACCGCCGGGGACGCGCUCGCAGCAAGUCUCGCGAUACCGGGAAGAAAUGGCAACAAGCCGCCACCGCGGCCGUCCUUGCAGGUGCCGUCGAAGCAUAUCGGACGCGCAAGGUCGACGGGCCAUGGAAGGGAGAGAAGGGCAAGCGCAUCGCAACCACUGCGCUGUCCGCCGCCGGUAUCGACGGUUUGAUCGACAAGGACCCAAGCGACCACUCCAAACGCCAUGUGGUCGAAUCCGUCAUCGGCGGUCUCGUCACCAACCGCAUCGCCAACGGACCGCGUUCCCGCUCUCAAUCCCGCGGCCGCGGUCUCGAUCACCCCCGCUCCCGCUCUCGCGGCCGCUCUCUCAGUCGCGUCAGCUCCAUCUUCUCCCGUAGCAAGUCCCGAGGCGACUCCCAAAGCGGCUCGCGUAGCCCCAAACGAGCUCGCUCCCGCUCCCGCAUCGCCGCACUCGCUACCGCCGGAGGCGUCGCUGCUGCCGGCAAAGCCAUCUACGACCGCGUCCGCUCCAAGUCGCGACGUCGGGACCGCUCCCGGAGCCGCAGCUCCAGCGAGGAUUCAUAUGUGCCGUCACGGCGACAACGCUACCAAGGUGGGCGCGACCGAGGCCGGGACCUCUCCCUCAGCGAAAACUCAUAUAUUGACGACGACAAGGUCGCGCGACCUAGAGGGCGCGGCGCGGCCGGGGCCGCGGGCAUGGGUGGGCCCGGGGCCGACAGGAACCUACGAGAUCAAAGUACGUCCAGUAUUUCUACUACCGAUUUGGAGAACCAGCGGCGGAAGCGGCGCGGCAAGGAGCUUAUCACGGCGGGGCUGGCGACCGUCGCGACAAUCCACGCGGCGCACGGCGUCUACUCGUCCAUGGCGGCGUCCGACAAGCGCCACAAGGCCGUCAUGGAGGGCGAGAUGUCCCCUGAGGAGGCGCGCAAGAACAAGUCCAAGAACAUGCUCCAGGACGCUGCGUCCAUCGGCAUCGCCGCCCUCGGAAUCAAGUCCGCCUUCACCGAGUGGAAGGGAAUGAACGAGCAGCGCCAGGGCAUCAAGGAGCUUGAGGAGAAGCAUCGCAAGCGUCGCAAGCUGAAAGAACGCCGUGCCCGCGAGAUGUCGCUCGUCGGCUCCACUGGAGCUUCGCAGUAUGGUGGUGGUGGUGGUGGUGGUUAUUAUCCGCAAGCUAACCCUUACGGCUACACAGCACCUCCGACUUCAUACCAGGACGGUAAUCCGUACGGCAGCGCCCUGCCGCCGCCACCCAUGGGUGCUCCACCCAAUAGGUAUUAGGGAGUGGUCACGAUAGGAUGGAGGGCCGGAUGGGUAUCCGUUCGUCGACCC